AGCAUGUUGAAGAUUUGAUUUACUAUGGCUGGACGUGUUUUAUAAAUCCACUGAUGUAGCACAAAGAUCUUCUCAUUGAUGAAUUCAGAAAAAACAACUGAGGAAAAAACUGAACUGAGGAUAAAAGGCCCAUUCAUGAAGGCCCAGAAGAGAUGGAGGUGCCUUGUCUUCUUUCUUCUCCACUUGACACAUGUCGCCUGGACACAGAAGUUUCAAGUCAUUGGACCUUCUUCAGCUGUUCUUGCUUUUGUUGGUGAAGAUGCCACCCUACCUGCCUCACUCUCACCAGCUAUCAAUGUUCAGGGGUCUGAAGUGAGGUGGUUUCGUGAUGAUUUCUUUUCUCCAGUACUUUUAUACCAGAAUCUCCAAAGUAGACCAGAGCAUCAGAUGCAGUCAUAUAAGGGAAGGACAGCACUGUUCCUAGAAGAGCUCCUGAAUGGAAACGUGUCCCUGAGACUCCAGGAUGUCCGUGUUUCUGAUGGUGGCCUCUACAGAUGUUUAGUGGACUCUGGACAAUAUAAUGAGGAGGCGCGCAUCACUCUAAAUGUUGAAGUCUUGGGAAGUCAGCCUGCCAUUUCUCUCAGUACUACAGAAGACCAACAGCCCAGACUGGAGUGCAGCUCUGAGAAGUGGAGCUCGAGACCAGAAGUGAGCUGGAGAGACAUGAACGGCGUAGAUGUGACGUCACAGUCCAAGUUAACAUUUAAGCGGGACAUCGAGGGUCUGCUAAACAUAAGCAGCGUCAUCCCCAUCAAGAAGGAGUUCAACGUGUUCUCCUGUCUCAUGAGAAGUAAUACGACCAAACCGGCCUGGCAGUCCAAAAUGGGGGUCUACAUUUUCUCUCCAGGAGUCUCUGGCUGGUCAGUAGUGUUCUGGUUAUCGGUGGUUCUCUGUGUGGCAGCAGCCAUUCUGCUGGUGUUAAAAUGGCGAAGAAUGAGAGAUAAAAAUGCAAAUUAUGACAUGAAAGUCGACAUUCUCCCUCUUUGGAUCUUACGCAAGGAAAUCGAGAUGGCACAACAUCCAGCUUUGACUCUGAAGUUUUCUAAAGUUAUUAAUGGAUUCUCACAUGAAGAUCUCCUCAAGAUCACGGAGUACUACAAGCCCCAGCUGGCCUACGUCAUGAACUUUGACCUCAGCAGCAUCCUGCAUACCCUGGUCACCAAGGGCACUCUUAGCAAAAAGGAGGCAAAGGGAGUCAAAGCCAAAGAAGAGUCUGAGGGAACACCAGGUGUGGAGUCCUUCAUUGAUGAGGUGAUGAAGAAGGACAAAGCAGAGUUGGUCAGCUUGUGGGAAGCGCUGGCUGAAGAAUAUGUGAGAUGUCCAUCACCAAACCUGAAAGGAAUCUUGGACAAGGUGACCGAGAAGGGACCGGACCUUUUGAAGGAGAUCCAGGCCAGCACCCAGUCACCUCCCCUUGAGCCUCAUAUUAAAGACCUCAGUGAGACACACAGAGCCACUGUGUCUGAAUCCAUGAGACCGCUGGAUGAUCAGCUUGCAUCUGGAGAUCCACUCACUAGCGCGGUGGGCCUUGAGACUCAAUACAUGGAGCUGAUGGUCAUCAAACAGGACAUUAAAGAUGAACUGGUGAAGGUUGGGAAGACUCAGGAAAAACUUGGGGAGAAAGGAGCGACAAAGAACUGUGAGCGAAUCUGGACCGAGCAGCUGUUUAGGAGAAAUCCUGACAGUGUAAAUCCCUCCAACAUCGUAGUGGUCAGUGGGGUGGCAGGAAUAGGGAAGACCACCAUGGUCAAAAAGAUCAUGUCUGACUGGGCCAGAGGCACUCAGUACCAGAGGUUUCAAUUUGUGUUCCUUUUUAAUCUCAGGGAGCUGAACUUGAUAGACAAUGACAACGAGACACAAGAGUCUCUAACCAAGCUGAUUGUAAGGCACUAUAAACAUCUUAGUAAUGAAAGUGUAAAAGAAAUCCUGCAGAAUCCUGAAUCUCUGCUCUUUAUACUCGAUGGACUGGAGGAAUACAAACACAAACUUUACUUCACAGACACUCAGCUCUGCUCAGACCCAGACAUUGAUGUGCCUAUCCACAUCCUUGUAACCAGCCUGGUCAGUCAGACAUUACUGAAGGGCAGCUCAGUCCUGAUAACAAGCAGACCAACAGCUCUGAAGGUCCUGGACAUGCAGAGAGUUGAUGGAUUUGCAGAGAUUGUAGGAUUCUUCCCUGAACAAAGGCUGAUGUACUUUAAGAAGUUCUUUGGUGAGGCUGCUCUGAGCACCAAGGCCUUUCAGUACUUUGAGGAACGAGUUCACCGAUUUGCAGAGACUGUAGGGUUCUUCCCUGAUCAAAGACUGAUGUACCUUAAGAAGUUCUUUGGUGUUGCUGAUAUGAGCACUGAGGCUUCCAGUAUGUAGAGGAGAACACCAUCUUGUACUCCAUGUGCUUCAACCCCUCGUACUGCUGGAUUAUCUGCUCUGCACUGAAGAGCCACUUCAUGACACCUGAAGAAGAGCGAGGAGCUGCCCCCAGAACUGUCACUGAGAUAUUUGUGAUGUUUCUUCACAACACCCUGACCAGUCAUAGACAAGAAGCUGAAGACCAGAUUCUGCUGAAAGUGGGAAAGAUGGCUUAUUAUGGUGUGGAAAACAAUAUUCAUGAGUUUAAUGAGAAGCAAGAGAUGUCUAAUUUUAGUCUCCAGCCAGUCCUGUCCUCUCCAUUCCUCUCUGGGUUACUGCAGAGACAAAGCACUCAGGAGCACACAACGUACAUCUUCUACCACCUCACUCUACAGGAGUUCAUGGCCGCCUGCUCUGUCUACCAUGAUCCACCAGAGGGCAUUGAGGAGCUGCUGAAGAAGUUGGACUUGUGUAAAGAUGGCCGAUUUGAGAUUGUCACUCGAUUCAUGGCCGGACUGGCUUGGUGUCCUCUCCUUAAAACACUGGAGGGAAUCCUGGGAGAGUUUGAGGGGACGACUGUAAAGCACAUACAGGAGUGGGUGAGGCAGAAAGCUAAACAGGCUCUACGGGGCCAAGAUAAAAGUGAAGCUGUGCGAGUUUGUCACUGGCUCUAUGAGACUCAGAAUGAGGAGUUAAUCAGAGACGCCACUGGGGAGGACUUAGAGAUGAACUUUAGAAACACAACUCUGUAUCCUCUGGACUGUAAUAUGUUGGCCUAUGUCAUCAGCUGCUGUGGAGAACUUCAGGAACUUGACCUGUCACAGACACCUCUGACUCCACAGUGCAUCAGGAGACUGGCGCCGGGGCUCAGCUGCUGCAGU